AUGGCUGGUGCUCCUUUGAUUUACAAAACGACUCUUCACGAUUCACAAGAUGGAAAUUGCAAUGAGGUGCUGCCCAAUUAUGCUUCAGGCUCGCCUUCCGAUCAACAAAACAAAACUUUACCAGCCACUGAGAGAGGAGUUGGCACACCUUUGAUGUUAGAUGAGGCCACAAAAAAUAGAUCCUUUGGACACUAUGCGAGAGUGUUGGUGGAUAUAGAUUUAUCUAAACGCGCAUUUGAGGCAAUAUUGGUGGAACGAGAGGGCCACGCGUUUUAUGUUGAUGUGGUGUAUGAGAAGCUACCAGAUUAUUGCACCCACUGUCAAUCCAUCGGUCACUCCGUUAAAGCUUGUAACAAGUUGCAACCAAGAUUGGCAAUGAACCGAGAUGAGCGGGCCAGCAAACCAGUGAUGGCUAAACCUCAGACGAAAGCCAUUUACAUUGAGAAAGAUAACACUUCCAAAGUUGCCCGAUCGAUAAAGAAAGAAGCAGAGAUAGCAAGGAAAGACAACAUUGUUGAAGGGAUUGUGGCUCUUAAUAUUUCACUGAAUAGUGAGCCUAUCAUUACACCAGUAAAUAUGGAUGCGGAACAUGUGAACAAUUAUGAUAUUAAUAUUGAUGUUAAUCUUGAUGAUGAGAAUACUAUUGUUAUUCAUGAUUUUGCAGAUGAUGCACUUAUGAAUAAAUUGAGUGGGGAAGAGGCUACUGUUUUGGAUACUACUGACAAUGUUAUUCCUGCAACUCAUUGA